GAAUGAGUGAAGGCCAAAUGAAGAGCGGAAGCAGGCGUUGCAACAGGGAAGCCAGCAGCAGUGAAAAUUGAUCUAUGCAGGUUGAAGCGGGUGCAGAUAUGAUAAGUUUCGCGUCAUUUGCCGGUUGAAUCACUCUUCACUUGCUGGAUCAUCACAACUGUAUGCCGGUGGCUUUUUGCUUCGUUCAGCACUACAAGAAGUGAGUCUGUGGGUGAGUGAGUGAGUGUGUAUACGUGCAUGAGAGUGUGUGUGUGUGUGUGUGUGUGUGUGGGUGUGUCGGUGUGGGUGUGUGGGUGCAUGCAUUGAGAAGUGGGAAGCGGGAAAAGGAAGGUAGAGAGUGCGUGAUAUUGGUUUUUCUAUGAUAAGGAGCGGCGAUGAACUGUGACAAGGGGCUGAUAGUGUGUGUUGCUUUUUUAGCUUAGCGAUCGCUCCAUCAGCAGACAAGACAACGGAUUGUUAAUUGGCUGGCUGAUUUUCUCUGAAUGAGGUCAUGAGCGGGACAAAGAAGGAGUGGUACUUCCGGGUCGCUCGAGCGUUGGUUCUUUCGUAUGGGGCGAUUGCUGCGGCCUGGUACUGGGACAAAACGUCCCCGCUUGGCUUCUGGACCCUGAAACCCCGGACCUCGGAGGAAAGGGCGUUGGCGCAUCUGUAUGAGCAUCGUCAGUUUCCUUAUCCGAAUGAUAAGGAGGCGAUUGCGGACUUCGUAGCGAAGGGAGGAGGGUCGGGCACUCAGAUCGGAUUGCAGACUCAGAGGACAGGAGUGAGAGAGGUCACCGAACCUUCUAGCGACAUUCGUGUGCAGUUGCAAAGAGAGAAGACCGAAAAAGAGGCCGAGAAAUUGUGGCUUAGGAUGAAGCGAGAAGCCAUGAGAGACUUGCUUGAUCAAGGGUUCGAUCUCUCGUCCACCUCGUGAAAAAAAAAAACAUCGCCCGUCGACAAGAACUGAGCGGCUUGGAUGACAAAAAAUACGUCAGUCAGUAUAUGGUGACAUGAUGGCCGAUGAUCCCUCUGCCUCUAGGUCGUGAGAAUUUCUUGUGAGAGCAGAGACCAGCGGGGGUCGAAGAGAGGGAACUGGGCGGGGAUUGGUGGAUGUCACACUCGCACAGCGAAGUCGCAACAAUAGCCGACUGAACCUCUAAAUCACAAUCGCACACCUUGUUUCUGACUGUGCAUUGACUUCACUUUUUGUACUGGGGUUCUGAUAUUGUUUAGGCAUUUUACUUGCGUUGGCUUCUGUUUACUUGAAUAGAGAGGGUAGAGUGGGAAAGUGGGGGGGAGGGGAGACGGAGGAGCGGGGUUGGUGGACAGAGGGAAAGGCGGAGAGGGUAGGCAGGAGGGGGUUAUAAUCUGUUGCUUUUGUUGCCGUGUAGGGCUGCAAAGGAGGUCUGGCGUACGAACGGGGGUCUGUCGUUCGCUGGUUCCCACUUCUUUCAGGUGCUGUUUGCAGCACCAGCAGGGUGGGGGGGGAAAUAAUAAUAAUAAAAAAGGACGAUGCGCUUCCUCUCCUGUUUUGCUGGGGGUAGAGGACCAGGCGCCUUUGACUAUCACGUCUUCUCCCAGCCUGCUGAGAGAUGGCUCGUUCUGAGGAACAGAACUUCUGGGAAUGUACGGGCCAUCUGGCGGAGCGGCCCCGAGGGUCUGGGAAGAACAGGGUUCCAAUGCCUUGGGCAUGCUGCGGCUUCCGAGGGUGAUGUCACUGGCACUGGCAGGUCCUCUGAAGGAUCAGAUGACAAGGGUGUGGCCGCAGCAGAGGAGUCUUCGGCUACUACGCAGCAGCAGCAGCAGCAACGAGUUGCCGGAGGAGGAGGAGGAGGAGGCGUCAAGCACUCAGGCUUCCCCAUCAAGGCAGGGAUAACCGCCGGUGGUCUGGCUCUUGCUGGGGACAGCAUUGCACAGUUUGUCGAGAAACGUCGUAAGCGAGCUGCAAUGCGGCCUUGUUGUAGGAAGAAAGUCAACAUGUGGGAAUAUGAUUUGUCCCGGAUGGCAAGGAUGACAAGCUAUGGGUUCCUCCUUUACGGUCCAGGCUCGUAUUGGUGGUAUCGUUUUCUGGACCGCGUGCUGCCGGAGCAAACAGUUCGGAACGUUGCAGCGAAAGUGGUGCUGAAUCAGGUGGUACUGGGGCCGUGCGUUUUGCUGGUAGUCUUUGCAUGGAACUAUGCGUGGAUGGGCCGUGCGAAGGAGAUCCCAAAGAAGUAUAAGGACGACUUCGGUCAUGCGCUUGUCGCUGGGUGGAAGUUUUGGAUCCCUGCCAGCGUGGUCAAUUUUAAGGCAGUGCCAUUGAAUGGCCGAGUCGCGUUUAUGUCUGCUUGUGCCGUUUUCUGGAACUUCUACUUGUCCCUCGUGGUCUCUAAGCCGCAAGAAGCAGAAGCUGCAAGUACCUAGUGCCGAUGUCAGCCAUCUGCCAAUCCUCCUCCUCCUCUGUGUGUGUGUGUGUGUGUGUGUGUGUGUGUGUGUGUGUGUGUGUGUGUGUGUGUGUGUGCUAUUGUCCUGAACUUCAAAAAGUUUUCUAUUGCCUCUGCUGUAGAGUAGUAAUGGUAGCAAUAAGAAAGGAGCAAUCCUGUUGUAUUCUUAGAGGAAAUUGUUUAAUGUAUUCAUUCACAGAUGGAUACUUUGACACGGCAUCGACAACAAUGGAUGGAGGGCGGAGGCUCCUCUCUGUCAUAGCGUUGUGCUAGCUUUGUGCCAUCGGAGUCGGCAGAAGUCGAGAUUCUUUUUCCUCUUGCUCUCGUGAGGUGCAACUUUCUUUCUUGUCCAUGAUAAAUAAUGGAGUUUCUC